AAAGUCGCCAGAAAGUUAUCCGGAAGUCGUCGAAUCAGGCUGAGGGUUUCGGUGACUUCAAGAAACUUUUUUGAAGGUGGUUUUAUUCUUUCCACAAACGUUUGUUUUGUAUUGACCAUGAUCCAUAUUGUGCUGUAAGGAAAAAGAUGAAGUAGAAGCGGAACAUCUUCGUGACUCAACAUGCGAUGUGCCACAACACACACCCUACAGUCUUUAGUUCUUUGAGUUAAUACACCAACAGCAGAAGAUAGGGAGAUUGCAAUGUCUUCUGCAUCGAGACGAAGGCAGCCGCGUGGCCAGGUGGGCGUGGAGAAUGACAGUGAGUAUGUCAAUGUGGAGCUUGGCUAUGCUGGAGCCUCGGGGUAUAGCGGCGGUCCACAGGGGACGUCUAGCCGCUAUGAGAACAUGGAGCCCAGCCCGGAUCUGAGAUACGGGGCCCGUGGUGUAGACAACCUGGCCUACGGCUCACCCAUGGGUACACCCCGUACUGGCUAUAAGGGAGAGGACAUUCAACUUAAUACAAUCAAUCCUGCAUUCAGCGGGUCGGGCCAGACCCCCCUGAUGGGGCGAUCCCGGAGUCCCUCCGUAGCUUCCAGCGUGUCCUAUCAGUCCAGCAACGAUGAUGCAGACGAGAUACACGAGAGAGAGAUCAUUGCUGCAAGCCUCAGCGAUCCAAACAGUGUCAUAGAUAUGCUUCCAAGUAGGCAAUUAGGCCACACGCUUCACAGAGCCAAAUCCCACCACUCCUCCCACCACAGCAAGUCGAUGCGGAAGAGGAGCCGCUCUCGAUCGGCGUCGCUCCGGCGUUCGCGAUCCACCACCAGACGGAACUAUGAGAACGUCAACCUGGAGAACAUGGUGGACGACAUCCUCUCCGAUCCCGUCCUGGUCGAAGGGACGUCGAGGGGCACCCUUAGGAGACGCAACACCAUCCGUCAGAUCUCGGGGACAAUCGAUACAAGACGUCGAGUCAGAGAGCAAGUGAACAGAAGAUCAAGUAGAACAAGGAAAGAGAAAUCCCCUGGUUUAUGUACAGCAUGGUUCUAUGAAGUAGCCUAUAAAUGGGAAUCCUUCCUGGAGAGCCUCUCCGAUUUCACCUACUCCUUGGAGCUGUGGCGCAGCUCCAUCAAGAAGAUCGAAGGCAACUUUGGCAGCGGCGUCACCUCCUACUUCCUCCUCCUGAAAUGGCUACUUCUUCUCAACAUCCCCGUCUUCCUGCUGACAUUUGGCUUUGUGACGACGCCUCAGCUGAUCUACGAGCCCAGCGCCCGGUAUCCACACUCAGAAAACUUCUCUGGAUGGGACCUGUUGACGGGAGGAGGUUGGUUCAAGGAUACUGAACUGUAUUGCGGGUACUACACUAACGAGACGUUCACUGUAGAUAACAAGAACUAUUACAGCAUGCCGCUGGCCUACCUGAUUACUAAUAUCCUCAUCUUCAUACUGGUUCUCAUCGUUAUCACUCAGGGAAUGUCCAAGGCGUAUAGGCAGUACUUUGUGACCGGUGAUCGUCAUUACAACUUCUUUACUGCCAAGGUUUUCUGUGGAUGGGACUACAGCAUUACCUCCGAGUCCACAUCAGGGCUGAAGAACAAGAGCAUCUAUCUGGAAUUAGCUGAAGCGCUGACAACACACCACAGCUCUGACAGCAUGAGCUGCUGUAGAAAAUUUGGUAUUUAUAUGCUACGUCUCACCAUCAACAUCAUCGUCUUGGCAAUUAUAGCAGGCGCCUCCUAUCUCGUACACUUCAUGUAUGAUAGCGUGGUAGCGGAGAUAGACUCUGGACUGACAGUGGUACGGGAACUGGCCAUCCCCCUUGUCAUCAGUGGUUAUAACCUGAUGCUGCCUUACAUGUUCAGUGUUCUCAGCUCAUUUGAGAAAUAUUCAAACCCAAGAAUGCAGCUUUAUGUUUCACUCUUCAGAACAUUUCUUAUGAAGGCUUCAGUGCUGUGUGUGUUGUGUUACUUCUGGCUCAAUCAAAUCAGCUGUACAGAGGAGUCAACGCAAAACUGUGUUGUGUAUCGGGGUAUAGUAUGUUGGGAAACCUUUAUUGGGACUGAAGUAUACAAGCUUGUCAUUGUAGAUUUCAUCCUCCAAAGUUUAGCCACCUUUGUCUUGGAGUUCAUCAGAAGGAUUGGUAAAGAUCAUUGUUGCCAAUCGUUUGCCUCUCCUGAGUUUGAUAUUGCUCGUAACACAAUGGAUCUUAUUCAGUCUCAAACAUAUACUUGGAUUGGCAUGUAUUUCUCACCUUUACUCAUGGUCAUCAAUAUCUUCAAACUCGUCCUCAUCUUUUAUGUCAAAAAGGUCAGUGUCUUAUACAACUGCAAGCCAUCUUUAAGACCUUGGAAAGCAGGACUAGCAAAGACAGUAUUCUUAGGGAUCCUGUUCCUCAUGUUCAUGAUAUGCCUGGGAGCAUUUGGAUACAGUGUCGUCCAGAUUGAACCUUCGGCUUCCUGUGGGCCGUUCCGAGGUAGGAACGCUACCUACGACGUGGUGAUAGAUCUCUUCGGUAAAUGGCAGCAAUCUGAUAGAGUCAUCACGACCGUGGUCAUCUUACUCACCAGCCCUGGUGUUCUCAUAGGAAUCAUACUCAUGAUCAUUUUGCUGGUGUAUUAUAGAAGAUCCGUAGCCAUGGGUUACAAGGAGACCGUCAAGAGGCUACAGCAUCAAAUCAAUCUGGAGGGAAAAGACAAACGCUUUUUACUUCGCAUGCUCCAAGAUGCGAUCAAGAAACGUAAUAAGAAGCUGGGCAUCACCAAUCCAAACGACAGUAUCCUGUUCAGCAACAACGGGCGAGCCAUCCGGUCCCCCUCCCCGUCGACGGCAUCGGCGCCUAACGGGCAACACCGCAGCCCACGGGCAGAUGGUAGGAGAAAGCAUAAACACCAUCACCAUCAUCCUCAUCAAAAGAGAGGGGGAGAGGUGUCCCCUUCAAGCCCCCAUCUGUCACCUCGCCUCUCACCUAGACCCUCCCCGCGCCCCUCACCAAGGAGCAGUAGGCAUAACAUGGGAGCCCAAUGAUAUCUGUCGCCGUAGCAAACAUCCUCAUAGUUUCUUUGUCUUUGUAGCAUCACAAUACUAAUGCCAUCACCACCGGAGAGAGGGAGCAUUGUCCCCUUCAAGCCUCCAUCUCUUACCGCACCUGUCACCUAGAUCCUCCCCGUGCCCCUCACCGACGAACAGCAGGCAUAACAUAAGAGCCCAAUGAUACCAGUCGCUGUAGCAAACAUCCUCUCAGUUUCUUGACUGCCAUACCAUCAUGGAGUCCAAUCCAAUCCAAUGCAAUCCUUCUGUUGCAAUGUUUUAAUGAUGAUGCAGUUUAUCAAGCUCUUUUAUCCAGUCUGCUUUGUUUUUGUCUCACCUGCAUAGCAACAUCAAAUCUUAAUUACAUAUUUGAAGCUCGAAUUCGGGCUAUUUAAAACUCAAAUUUGCCUGUGAAUAUGGACCAUUAUAAGGUUGAUGUCAGACAUAUUAAGCAGUUUUAUCUGAUAUUAUAGAAAGUUAUUUUAUAAUAUCGGGUUAAUAAUGACUACUUUCCAAGGCUCUCCUUUGUUCGUUCUUCAAAAAAAUUGUUCCGGUAUCCUGUCACAUUGAACUGAAAUUACUCUAAAUGCAGCUUGAAUUACAUGUAUAAACAUGUAUUCCUAUGGUGGACUUGAUUGAGUUUUAUCUUGUGAAACUGGUAGGCAAAUGAAGUUACAGCAAUCGGCUUGUUAACUCUUGUAUCUCUUCAUUACUGUGACAGAUAUUGCUGAGAACCUCAGAUUUGUAUCCCUGUGUAAUGUAAAAAAGCUGAAUUUAUUUGCACAGAAACUGAUGUGAUUUGCUUGAGGUAUGAAUAGUGUCUCCUUAUUAUAUAAGUAAUGUACAUAAUGUAAAGUUAUAAUGUUCAUUUUUAUUCUGAAUCAGUAACCUCACAAUGACAAGGUCACAUAGUGCUUGAUGUACUAUUAUUUUGAACUUCGUGUAAUUUACACUUAUUAUGCAAUACAUCUAUAAUUUAUUGUAAGACAGGUUCAAGGGUGUAGCCAACAGCGAGUGCAUAUGCUCAUGAUUUAAUUAUACACAACUUUCCAGCCAUGCAUUUUUGGGUGUAGUUUUGUGCAUUAGGGUGCAUCAUGUUGUUCAUAUGGCAUUCUUUCAAACAAAAGGAUAUGGCAAGGAUUUUGAUGCACUUAGUAAGGAGCGCAUACUAGAUAUGCCUGAGAUUCGUAAUAGAAAGGAAAUGUGAUCUCUUCGAGUGUGUGAGCCUAGAAAAUGGUAUGGUAUUUAUUACAUCAUGCCCUGUUGUACAAAGAGUUACGAUUUAUCCGAUCAAUCGUAACUCUAUGGGAAUCCAUCAGUGUC